AUGGAAUCCAGUCCAUACUUGGUAGUGAGCAGUGGGAUAGGUAGCAUACCUUAUGGAUAUGCUAGUGGCUUCAAACCCCCUCUAUUACUCGUGGUUUAUCUUGGGGUGAGGAUGGAAGACAUAGCAAGUGAAGAACAUCAGUGGUCACUAGCAGCUCCUUUCAUAUUUUUUGUUGUUCUAGCCUUUCACUUAGCUUCUCAGUGGAUUGAUCAAUUCAAGAAGAGUGGAUCUGACAACGAAAAAGAAGCUAAGUUACAUGUAGAAAUAAAGGAACUUUUGAAGGAGGCAAACUCAUUGUCACAGCCAUCAACCUUUGCACAAGGUGCAAAACUCAAGAGACUAGCCGCAGCAAAGGAGAAGGAACUUGCAAAAUGUCAAAAUUUACACAACAAGGAUACUGCUUUGUAUUCAAAAUCCCUGCUUAUCUCAAAGGUUUUAACAUAUCUAAUUUUGCUUGCCUGGUUUUGGAGUGUUCCUGUGGCUUGCAUAUCUCAGCAACUUGUGCAACCAUUUGGGAGAUUCUUAUCUUGGAGAACUGGAGGGAUUCAGAAUGACAAUAUUAUAGUUGGUAUAAUACCUUGGCUGAUAGUGUCUACCAGGUUCGAUUUGGGAUUCCCCUUUAGUGUGAUCGCAGCGCUGGAUCCGUAUCGUCUUCCUCCGUCUACCGAAGCGCCUUUUGCUCGUCCUUUCAGCGAUCUUGGAAACAUGUAUGGUCCCCGAGGGGCAAUGUUGGGAAGCGGGGGGGUUUCGGACGGGUACGAGGUUGGCUCAAAGAGACAAAGAAUGAUGGAAUCCAAUCCAUACUUCGCAGUGAGCAGCGGGACAGGCAGCUUACCUUAUGGAUAUGCUGGUGGCUUUCAGCCCCCUCCCUUUCCUGUGGUUCGUCUCAGGGGGCUUCCAUUCAACUGUACCGACAUUGACAUCUUGAAGUUUUUUGCUGGACUGACCAUUGUAGAUGUAUUGCUGGUCAACAAGAGUGGACGGUUCUCAGGUGAGGCCUUUGUAGUCUUUGCAGGAGCAAUGCAGGUUGAGUUUGCUUUACAGAGAGAUCGCCAGAACAUGGGUCGCCGGUAUGUGGAAGUGUUCAGGUGUAAGAAGCAGGAUUAUUAUAAUGCUGUUGCUGCUGAGAUAAAUUAUGAAGGAAUAUAUGAUAACGAUUACCAUGGCAGUAGUCCUCCACCCUCCCGGUCAAAGAGGUUCAGUGAUAAAGAUCAAAUGGAGUAUACUGAGAUAUUGAAGAUGCGUGGCCUUCCCUUCCAAGUGACAAAAUCUCAAAUUGUUGAAUUCUUUAAAGAUUUCAACCUGAUAGAAGACAGGGUACACAUUGCGUGUCGACCUGAUGGAAAAGCUACUGGAGAGGCAUAUGUGGAGUUUGUUUCUGCUGAGGAGGCUAAGAGGGCAAUGUCCAAGGAUAAAAUGACCAUAGGAUCAAGGUAUGUGGAGCUGUUUCCUUCUACUCCAGAUGAGGCUAGACGAGCAGAGUCAAGAUCAAGGCAGUGA